AGGUUUUCUUUGCUGAAUUUCCCACAUGAUGGAACAAAUCUGUUCUUGACCAGCAUGGAUAUGUACACCUUUUCAAGAUGCUUAAGAACUGUGGUGAAGAACCAAGUGGAAUGGCAAGAGGAAGAAUCUACUUCUGAUGAUGUUUGAUUUCUAUGCUGGGAGGCAUGGUUUCCUGACAGAAGAGUGCAUUAUAUUUUAUAACAGCAGAUCUUUAUUAAAUGUGCCAUCAGUGGUGGUUUUGGAAAGAUGAGAAGACACCCACUGCAGAACAAUUCAGUGAAGCUGAAAAUAAUGUCUAUGAUGCAUCUGUCCAGCUCCUUAGGGGGGUAGCAGUACUGGAACAGGCAUCACCUGAGGCUCAUAAUCUACCAUCAGAAAUAAACUCUGGCCAGCUAGAAAGAUGGUGAUGUUAAAGCACCCUGACCUGACAAGUCUACUUCUUCUUUCCUAGAGAUCCAGGGAGGGAAGGACUAAGUGAACAUGGAAGUGCUGCCAUUGAUUUAUCUGCGUGUGUUGAAUUGAUCAUCACUGGCAAAAUAGUCUUUACAAACAGGUCUACUGUUUCUGUUAUGUCUGUCCCAGUUAUGAGAGCUUUUUUUGUGACUUUUGAGCCUGGUGCUGUCAGCCUCAUGUGAACAAACCAAAACAAAAAGCACGCUGAUUUUUAGAAAACAAAAUGCCACGGAGAAGGAAAACUGGUGGGAGUCCUUCUCAGAAGAGUGGCAAUUCUGACAGAACUGCUCUUGCUGUAUCCCAAGGGGACCCAAGUCACUUAAUGUCUCAAGCAGUGCAUUAUGUCAAUAAGGAAGAGCUUUUCAACAGCAUGUCAGAGAUGUUUUCUAUCCUAGAUCCUAGCGUGGUUUAUAUGGUUCUGUCUGAAUGCGAUUUUAAAGUAGAAAAUGCUAUGGAUCAUCUUCUAGAGCUGUCCACCCAUGCCAAAGGAGUAGCAUCUUCAAAAACCUUGGGUUUUGAUUCAGCAGCAGCAUCAUUAGCUCUUGUUAAUCAGCAAAGAUCUGUUGCAAAUGAAAGAAUGGUGGAAAGUACUGCAGAACAAAGUAAACCUGGAGAAACCAUAGAAAAGGUCCUGUCAUCUGAUGUGCAGCUGACUGAAGAACUGGAUUCCUUAAUAGAAAAUGCCUUUCAGAGUUACAGCUUGAGUGAUGAAUUACCUAAUUCUGCAAAUGACCAAAUAGUACAUAAGCACCCUGUGGAGCACGAUGGCUUAAUUGAAUUUUCCGAGUGGGAAAAAUCUGAUUCAGUUUGCAAUGUCCUAUUUUUUCCACAGCAAGCAGAGACAAAUAAUGAGGUUUUAGAAAACUUCUGUUCUCAGCCACCAGUGAGUCAGCUGAGCAUCCAGGCAAGCUCACCGGCUGCAUCAGGCACUUUUACACAGAUAAUGGAAGAUUCUGAUUUGUUGGAAAUACAUGCUCAACGUGAUGUAGCUUCAGAAGUGUACAAACAAUUAAAUGGAGAAAUAUCAUCUGAAAAUUCUGAUCAGACACAAGAUACUGUUUUGGAUCAAAGUAGUGUCACUCCUGUUUCUGGUGAGUCCUCCCAAAGCCCUCUGGAACUUGGAGUAACUGUCACUGGAGAUCCUAAUUCAAGGUGCUUGGAACAACCCGAAGAGGUAGUGACUCCCUUUAACAACUACCAGAGCACUUCUCUUCCAGAGGCAUCUGUAUCUCUUGAAACAUCCAGUUUGAAAACACAAAAACCUGCAGAUGUUCAGCAAACUCAACAGGGUUAUAACUUAAAUUUUUCUACACCAUCAGGUCAAUCACAGCAACGCUGGAAUCUCAUGGCUCCUGUGUUUUAUCCAUCCAGUAGAAGUCACAGCUUUGUAGUUCCUGUGGCUGCCAGUCCAGGGCAGUGGAGACCUGGUUCAGACUGUAGGACUUCAGAAAAAGGACUUUUUGUUUCCUCCCCAGUGGUUUCAAAUGCCUGGGAUAGCAACCCUUCUCUGAAGGUAUGGGGAAAUCAAGAUAGAAACUCAAAAUUGAACCUCUCGCAAGUACAGCAACCACGUGUUUGUCACAUGAUGAGAAAAAAGAUGCAUCUUAUAGGUCAAGUACUUGUUCUUCUCAGAGGUGUUCCAGGAUCAGGAAAAUCAUAUUUGGCAAGGAAUAUCCUUGAGGAUAACCCAGGUGGAAUAAUUCUUAGUACUGAUGAUUACUUUAAUAAACAUGGACAAUACCAUUAUGAUCCCAAUUGCUUAGGGGAAGCACAUGACUGGAACAGGAAACGAGCCAAAGAAGCUUUUGAAAUGGGAAUCACUCCUAUAAUAAUAGACAACACAAACAUACAAGCAUGGGAGAUGAAGCCUUAUGUUACUUUGGCUCAGCAGUUCAAAUAUGAAGUAAUGUUCCGAGAACCAGACACUUGGUGGAAGUUUAAACCGAAAGAACUUGAAAGGCGAAACAUUCAUGGUGUAUCUAAAGAAAAGAUCAAAAGGAUGUUGGAACGAUAUGAACGCUGCCUUACUGUUAGAUCAAUAUUGGAUUCUUCAGUUCCAGACAAAUCAGAAGCUGCUGGUUGGAGUGAAGAUCCUUCUCAGGAGGAAAGCCAUAGUUUGUGUUUCAGAAAGACAGAGGCACAUUCUGAUGCAAAGGAAGAACCACCUUUUGCUGUGGAGCCUCUUGAAUUAGCUGAAGUUGAUAAAACUUCUCCCCAUAAUUCUCUAAUAUUAGAAAGCAGCUGUGAUCCUGAACGUUUUCAGCAAGAGGAAAAAGAAAUAAAAAAUAACUCAGCGGAACACAAUUCUGAGAACAGUGCUGUUCAAGAUGACUUGGAUGUCUGUUUAUCAGAGUGCAUCGAAAAAGAGCUGCCCUUGGAGAAGAAAGAAGAAAAGGGAGAAAAAGUAGAAAAAAAUGCUGAAACAGAAAUAGAUGAUGUUGAUGUGAUCACAGCUGAAGAGACUGCGAAUUUGCAUACAGGAGGAGCUGAGGAACACAGCGAUAACAACACUGUCAAUGUUCAACCUGCAGUUCAGCAGUCGGGUUCCAUAUGUAUGGAACCAAAAUCAACACAAACUAGUAACACAGUGGAACCAAGCAGUUCAGCUUUUGACACGUCAGGGAAACCUGAACUACUAAACUUCCUGGGUGACUGGCCUGUAGAACAAACAAUGGGACAGAGAGUCAAAAGAUCUAGAAGACUAGAAAAAUCUUCUCUGAAGAGUGAUAAGGAAAGUGAAACUCUGAGUCAGCAGCAUCCUGAGAUUGGUAAAGAGCAAGUGGGCCUGCCUGAGACAUACACUGUUGAGAGAGGACAUGAGAAAGAAAAUCUAGCCUCUAGCUGGUCCUCUAUUAGUUCAGAUAAAGUUACACUGGAAUUGCAAAUGGUAGGACAUUGGCCUAUCUCAGCCUCAUUAGAACAGAGACAACAAAGGUCAAGGAGAAUGAAAACAACAAAUCAGUCUGAUGAAGGUAGAAAUCCUGAAGGUGACAUUGACAUAAAUGCUCUUGAGACUGUAGAUGUGCUUUGUGGGACACCCGUGAGCACUGCAGAGCAACCAGAUAUAAAGAGUUUUCCUAUGCACCAAGAUGAAAUAGUAGCCAGUGAAACAGGAGGUGAGGAAAAAAGCCAGCAAAAUAAGAGAACAAAGAAACAUCACAGAUUAGCCCUCACUUUUACAAACAACAGUUUGCCCCAUCCCAAAGAAGAGGACCACUUGUCUAACCUUAACACUACAGAAGAGAAACAGGACACGUACUUAUGUAGACAAAAAAGUAGCCAUUCACAGACUGAAUCACAGGACUUUGCUCUCCUCUGGAGAUUAGAAAAGAAAAUGCUUUUUCCUGACACUACCAAAGUAUUGCAUGGCAGACUAGAUGGCUUCAAACCCAAACACAUUGAUAAUGCCUCAGAUUCUCAGGAAAAAAUACCAUAUCGAGUUACUUAUGAUAAAAGUACAUUUGUAGAAGAAAGUGAACUUACCGAUAUUGAUGACUCUGAAAAGCUGGAUACACUGUGUAAGCUCUUUGAGUCUGUUUCAUUUGAAGCUCUGAAAGAUCUCUAUGAAAGAUGUAACAAAGACAUAGACUGGGCCACAGGUUUGCUGUUAGACUCUGAAGAAAAGUUAUGCAAAGCUGUUGAUACCGAAUGCUUUCAGGUAAGAGAAGCUGAACCAGUUGUCGCAGACCUUGAUUUCAAGGCAAGUACAAACUGUGAUGAGAAUCUCAGAGACGGCGAACAGACAGCAAAAGUGAUUGGGACUGGUGGUAUCUCUGAGGCUUCAGAAGGUAAGAACUCAUCACUCAGCAUUGCAGAAAGUAGGGCUGCCAAGGCAACUGUGACAGAUGCUGAUGUACCUGACUCAUUCACUGCUACCUCACUGAAUGAUACAGAGGAACUGAAAAAUUCCAUGGAUGCAGCCCCUAGAACCGACACAAACAGCUCAGCAGCAGGUGUCACUGAGCUGUCCAUUUCAGGAAAGCAGUCUGUGGAGUCUGAGAGUCUUGCUGAAGAAACUGUAAAUAAGCCAUCACUUUUACAACUUGAUGCAACCUUCUGUACACCCGUGACUUUGCCUCAUGGUCCUAACACAACUUCUACCAAUUUGAAAUGUGGAUUAAAUAAUGAAAGUGACAUUAAUCCUUCAGAAGGCAAUGCAGAGAAUUCCAAAGUGACUGCUUCUUUACUGGAAAAGGAUCAUGUGCUUCUGGUCAGUUCUAGGAGUGAUAAAGAAAUGGAGGUGGAUAAAGAAACCUGGGAAAGUUCUGAGGAGAUAUGUGGUAAAGAAGAAGUUGAAAGUCCAAGCUGGUCUGCAGCUAAAGCCAAGAGACAAAGCCCUGUACCAGCAUCACAUGCAGCUUUCAGUAUAGAUUGCCUAGAACUAACAUUACCUCCUGAACUGGCACUCCAGCUGAAAGAGAUAUUUGGGCCUGUUGGCAUUGAUGCAGGAUCACUGACUGUUGAGGAUUGUGUGGUUCACAUUGAUCUAAAUUUGGCAAAAGUGAUUCAUGAAAAAUGGAAAGAAUCUAUUCUGAAGCGUCAGAGGAGAGAUGAAUCAUGUAAGUUGUCUGCAGAAGGUCCUACUCUGAUUCAGCAAAUAGAUACAGAUGACUCAGAAAUGCUGCUAUCUCAGAAUGCAGACAGUAAAAUACAGAAGAAAAAAAUGAGCUGGGCUUCAGGCACAUCUAAUGACAUACAGAUGAAAAAAACAGCAACAUCAGACGUUUUUCCUUUUAUGGAUCACUGGAAUGCUCAGAUUCAGAAAGUUUCUCUCAGGCAAAUAAUUUCUGAAGAACUAGCUAUGCAGGAGAGACAGGACAUGAAUCGUGUUCCUUCUACGGCUAGAAAAGACUGUGCUGCUAAACUAAAGGAGAAGCAACUUUUUGAGAUGUUUCCAACUAUUAAUCAAAGUUUCUUAAUGGAUAUCUUCAGGGACAACAACUACUCUUUAGAACAAACUGAACAGUUUCUGAACUGUGUCCUGGAGGCAGAUCCUGUAAAAACAGUUAUAGCUCAAGAAAAUGUUCAGCAAAAUGAAAUUGUUACUUCUUACAGUGCAAAAAACCGGGAGAAGAAGGCAAAAAAAUGUAAGGAAGAGGAUGAUCCUUUGAGUGAAAUAUUUCAAGACUUUGAGUAUCCACAAUAUGAUGAUUUAAGAGCAGAAGCUUUUUGUCACCAGCAAAAGAGAAAAGAAUGUUUGAAAAAGGCUGGGGAGGCCUAUCGGAUGGGUAUGAAGCCUGUGGCAGCAUUUUAUGCACAUCAGAGUCGCCUUCACGAGCAGAAGAUGAAGGAAGCCAACCAUGCUGCUGCUGUGCAAAUCUUUGAGAGAGUAAAUUCUUCCUUGCUGCCUAUGAAUGUGUUGGAUUUGCAUGGUCUCCACGUGGAUGAAGCUGUGAAUCAGUUGUCCAGAGUGCUGCAGGAAAAAAGUGAAGAGCACCAGCAGACUGGUGGUAAACCAUAUCUCACUGUUAUCACGGGAAGAGGAAGCCAUAGUCAGGGAGGAGUUGCUCGCAUCAGACCAGCAGCUAUCAGAUACCUCACAACCCACAACUUCAGGUUCACAGAAAUAAAACCAGGUUGCCUGAAAGUCAUGCUCAUUUGAGGAGUUGUGGAGAAGAGGAAUAUAGAAACUGAGGUGUGUGAUUACAUCCAGAUUACAGAAAAAAGACCGAUGUUUUGAACAACUCUACUAGUAUUUUGUAAUCUGUUUUAAAGGAUGAUAUUUUAUUAGAAAUUACUUCAAUUUACAGUAAGUGGUUUUGUCAUAAUGUUUCCAAUAAAAUUUUUGUGUGAAAUGGAUCCUUUUUUGAACCUGCAAAAAAAGAAGAUACUUAAGGGAUUUGAAGUCUCAGAAAUAUAGAUCAAGAAUUUUGCUGAGAAAUACGUGAUGUCUUAAAGGGAAGUUAAGGUAUGAUUUUUAAAUAUAACUGUCUUCUCAGCAUACCUAAUCUAUUUCUUUUGACCCUCACACAUUUUGAUUGCCGUGACUUCUGUGCUUUUAAAACAUAGUACCUUGUACAGUUAUUUUGUGAUUCAGAACUUUGUGCUCAACCCUUCAGAAGAACAAAAGGAGAGAGUGAAACUGGGCAACUACUGAUAUUUCAAAUACAGUUACAGCUGAGUGCUAAAUAUUUCCAGGUUUCUUCAAAAGUCUGCUUUAGUGGUUAUGUUGUGAUGGGUUGACCAGUUCUAUUGUCUUUAUUCCAUUCUAAACUUCUCUCAAGUCUGGAAGUUGCAUAUAAUGGCCUGUGCAUUAAGGCCAGCUCCAUGUUUGGUAAUUUUGCAGACUUAGUGUGGUUUGUUAAAGGGAAACACACAAUGCUGUAGUUCAGUCUCUUCUUACACAUGGCUAAUACUGUAAUUUUGCAGGAAAUGCCCUUACAUUUUUGCCCUUACCAUCUACUGGAUUAAAAGUGUUUCUUAUUUUAUGGCUUUUUAAGUGAACCACAUUGAGUACUCUUUCACUGUGUCUAACAGUGAUGUCUUCAUUCUCUGUGUAUUAAGUUUGGUUUCCUUGUAGAAAAUAUGAUUGUGAAACAUUUUAAAUGUAUUUUUUACAUCAAAGUGAAUGCUUAUACUGCACUGGUAAUUGCCUAACUGGAAAGUCUGAGAGUACAAAAGUUCUGGUUUUGGUGGUGUGGCAUAAGCAUCUAGAAAUACCUAUGUAAAAAAAAAAUCCAAAACAACAUAGAAAAACUGCAAACAAAACCUCUCCACGAUGAAAUAUAAACAUCUGUACUUUGGCAAAUGUUUCCAGUAGACAAUCAGAACACUUUUUAAAAUAGAAAUAUCUUCUAGAAUGCAUUACUACUUUUAUUUACAUCUUUGCCUCUUGAAAUAUUCAUAUUCUUAAAAUAUUAAUUUUGUUUUAAGGCUUUUUCAGAACAGGUCUGAGUUUUGUAUUAGGAAUAAUAUUAAUAGGUUAAAGAUUAAUGGGAGUGUUUUUAAAGUUUUUAACCACUUUUGCAGGACCUACAUGCACAUAAGAGUUUGUGUAUGAAUCCAUAUGUGUGUGCAAGUUCUGCCAUUUGUGUGCAUGGGUACUAAUAAGCAAGGAACUUCUGUGAGAAAAACUGUCCACGGAAAUAGAUUUCACUUGAAAAUGUGUCUGUAUAAGUUGCUGACAAGCUGAAAGACAUGGUGUUUCCUGAAUACCCAUGUUUACUGCGAUACAUACACAGUGAGUGUAAUGCACAGUAGACUUAAAAAUGAGUUUGUCAUGCUUCAACAGAUAUAAUAAUGUUUUCAUGGUGAUUUCAAGUGGAAGAGUAGCUUGAAUAAUACUUAAUCAAAGGGACUCUUUCUAAAAUAAUAGACUGCCAUAAUAAGUUUUAUAUUUUUUGUGGGUACUUAGUUCAUCUGAAUUGUGUCCUUUCUCUGUUUCUUUCUCUCUGGCCUGCUCUGGUCACCAGUGGUGAAAUUCAAAAGACCUGUGUCCCCCAAACAGCACUAGCAGAGUGCUGCCACUGCACGAUGUCCUGUGUGGUGAAGCCCACGCUUCAUCCUCUGUGACAGUGCCUAAAAUGGACUGAGGUGCCGUUUAGGCAGUUGGCCUCAAGACAACAGUUCAGACUAUCAGCUGUCUUGUCCUAGCAGAGCUAGGAUUUUUAUUUUUCACCAAGAGCUGUCCCUUGUGCUCCUGAACAGGUUUUCCUUAGUGCUACUGUUUAUAACAAAUUAAGGUACAGCUCUCUGGGACAGCUCUUUGAAGUACCAACCCUGUUGAUUGACCUGAGUGGCUGUUGCGUGUUGAGCUUCUGGAUGCCCAAGCCCUACAGUGAUGUGCUUGUAAACAGGAAAGUACCAACACUUCUGGUUUUUUGGGGAGGGAGCCUGAUUCAUUCAAGCAUAUUCAUACCAUUCCCGACAUGAACAAAGACAGCUUAGAUUUUAUUUUGAAAGAUGAACAGAAAGAGUUGUUGUCUUGUCCAUCUGUUCAUCAUAAUCUAGUUGACAACUUUACCCUGGAGAUAAGAAACACUCAGCUUUUUGCCUUCUGGCUUCACAAGUGGAUGAUAAUGGUGGCACUUGACUCUCACUUCCCCAGAAAAUGCUCUGACCAAUGUGCUCGGGACUAUUUUUGAAGUCGCCACUUCCUGAGCCUCUUUCAAAAUCGCCACUGCAAGCUAAGAGUGCAAGAUCAAGGGGACAAAUGAGGUUGAAGAAUUAAAAGUGCAUAAACAGUCUCUGGAAAUGGGCCAGGACUUUUCAGAAAAGCAGCUGUCCCCGCUGAGCUUCAGUGUCCUUCCAUAGUCCUAUUUGGAUAAAUAUGUUUAAAAUGUUCCGGGCAAAACCUCCAUUGCUCCACCCAUUGCUUGGAGAAUUUUUUUUCAGUCUGUCAAAAGUCAACAGAGAAAUUCACAGCUUAAGAGCAGUUUGGGGUAGUUUUCUCUCUUCCUCUUUUAAUUGUCCUUUUGGGUACAGGUUGAGGUUCGCUAGAGUGCUCUACUUACUAAACCCUGUCUGGUUAUAGGCUGAUCAUUCACCUAGUAUAAGUUGUUUGACUACCAGCUGAACUCUGAUGGAAGAUGAUGGUUUAAAAUUGUAACAUGGGUAGAACCAAUCUUGCCUCUAUUGAAAAUAGUGACAGAGCCUCUGUCAGCUUCAGCAAUUCAAGAUGAGGCACUGCAGUUCCAACUCAGAGAAAAUAUGAUGAGCUCAAGCUUUUUCUUUUUUAGGAUCUCAAGCAUGUGCUUAAAAGCUGUGCUGAGCUUGAUGCAGAAUGGAGAAGGAGUUUAGUGCACAGUGAGUUAGUAAGUAGAUUUUUAUCAGUAAGGAUCUAAGUAAGUAGAGUUUUAUCAGUAAGAAUCUUCAUGCCUUCAGCUACUUGCCAGUAUUCCAGAAACACAACACUGGAGAUCUUGUAUUCUCUGACUGGUUUUAUAAUGUAUUCUGUGACAAAUUCUAUGAAAUAUAAUUGUUUCCAAAUGGUAUUUUAAAGUAGGUUACAUUUUAGAAGUUCCAGCCUUUCUGAUGUCUUUUACAGUUACAUCAGUGAGAAUCCUGAAGUAUCAUGUAAAUUCUGUAUCAUCUUACACUUUUAAUUAAAACAGCAGUAUUGCCACCAGCACUCUAAAAUAAUGUGUGACUGUUAAAAUACCUAUUUUGUGUACCACUUUUUAUUCUGUUCUUCAGCAGCAUGUGAUUGUGAUGACUUUAAUAUAUGACUUUUGGUGUCUUUUUUACAAAACAUUUUAAUAGUUAUCCCACAUUUUAAUUUAGGAAAAUUAUCCUGUUUUUAUUGUACAAAAUUAAUGCUUGUGCUAACAUUGAUGGGUGAUCUUACAGUAAAAAAAAAAAAAGACCCAGAGGUGCAAUGCAAAAAGUUGUCUGAAGUAAUGUGACCGCUGAAAAACAUUUCAGUUGAUUGUGAAAGUAGUAGGGCAAAAAUGUUAUUUUAAAAAAUAUUUCAAGAUAUUUUGGCUUUUGCUUUUAAUAUCAUGUGGUACCUCCCCCCCAAACCCAACCAAAACCCAACUGUUCAUGCUAUUUCAGCUAAAUAAAUUGUGCAGAGGAUUAAAUGACUAUAUGUGAAUAUGCAUGUGAAAAGACCUAGUACUGCAGCUACCACUUGUAAAAGCUGUUAGGACCAGUAAGUAUAUUGGAAGAUAUAAAUUUCUAUUUUUAAAUUAAAAUAAAAAAUGAUUUUUUUAUUUGUAUAAAGUUGUAAUUUUGCUGUUAACUUUAACUUUCAUUUUUUACUGAAAUAAUUUUGUAAUCUGCAUUUGGAAUUUCUAAUGUGAAAAGGAAUUUACAAAAUCUAGUUUAAUAAAGAUUUUUUGCCACAA